AAUGAUUGUAUGAUUAGAAUUUUAUGACCCCACCGACCAUGUCGUGCUUUCCAGAACUCUUGCAAUUUUCUUUAAAUUUCACGAAACCCUUUCUCCCACUUCGCUCGGCAACCUUAAUCUUAGAUUUUGGUCUCAACGGACACAACACUGUACACAAAUGGCACAUUCUUUGUACACCAAUCUGCCUCUUAACCUUCCCACAUACAGCUAUUUUCGUCCCCAUUUGUCCAAGUUGAAGCCUGUUAGGGUGAUGAUGGAAGACGCAAGAAAAAAGCUUCACCAUGUUCCAAGACACAACAAGCACCAAAAGAUAGUUCCCCCUUCUCCACCCAUAGGGUUAUGGGACAGAUUUCCUACAGCAAGAACAGUGCAAGAGAUGAUGGAGACAAUGGAGAGAAUGAUGGAAGACCCAUUUGCAUUGAGCACACUUGAAUGGCCUUCUUCUCCCCUACCGAGCGAGGGAGUUGGUGGGUAUAGGAGAAGGGGAAGAACACCAUGGGAGAUUAAGGAAGGAGAGAGUGAAUACAAAAUGAGGUUUGAUAUGCCUGGGAUGAAUAAAGAGGAUGUUAAGGUUUGGGUGGAGGAGAAGAUGCUAUUGGUUAAGGCUGAGAAAAAGAGCAAUGAUGAACAACAACAAGAAGAAGAAUGGUCUUCUAAGAGCUAUGGAAGGUAUAGCAGUAGAAUCGUUUUGCCAGAUAAUGUUCAGUUUGAGAAAAUUAAGGCAGAGGUUAAGGAUGGUGUUCUUUACAUAACCAUACCUAAGGCUACCACCACCUAUUCAAACAUCCUCGAUAUACGAGUUCAAUAAUUCAUUUUCUUUAUGAUCUUUGUUUUCUUUUUAAUUAAUUUGAUACAUCAAAAAAGAAAGAAAAGAAAAUGUGUAAAUAUCCUUUGCUAAGUAUAGUAUUCUUUUGCACUUUUACCA